AAAAUAUUCAAUUUAUUGUUCUGUAAGGUAUUGGAACUCUCACGUUCAGGUCUGCAAGAACUCGUGAGUCAGGAUGAGCUGCACUGAGCAGGAAUAUUUGGGGCUGACCCUGGAACACCUGGACGACGUUUGUGACCUUCUUGUAAAUCAUUUCUAUCCGCGAGACAUUAUAACUUUAGGGCUGGGUUUAAGCCCAGAAAAUAGGCUGACUCUCGACCUUCCUCACAUACGGACAUGCUUGGCAUCUGGGCUUUCAGUGGGCGCUAGAGAAAAAUCAACACGGCGGCUGGUUGGAGUACUUCUGAAUUACAUAUUCAUUGCUGACUCUACACCGAAGCAAACUUUAAAAAAUUACACCACUGAAGCUGAGAUGAUGCAAGCACGUUUCCGUAAGGUUUUGGCCAUAAUGACAGACAAAAUUGAUUGUCCAGAGGAGGGCAGUGUUAUGUGCUCAUCUCGAGCCUGUGUCCACUCAGACUUUGGUGAACGAGCUAUUUUAUCAAAACUUACAGAGAAGAGUGUCAUCAUUGCCACCAAGCAGGGAUUCAAAAUGACUUCUUUAAUAAUGACCAACCCACGCGUGGAGAAAAUGCUUCUUCGUCUAGGUUACAAGGUCCACACCACAUUUGACUUCUGCACCCUGGAAGAAGGUCUGCUCGACCUGUCCCGCAUGGAUCACAAGCAGUUCAAAAUAAUGACUAAAUACCUGUCACCAAAAUCACAGUUAUAAUCAGGAAACCACAAACAAUGAGAGCUUUUUCAAAGACUUUUACUUAAUUUUUUGUAAUGUUUACAUUACAUGUCAGUCAAAUUUUGUUUGAAUACAACUCUAAACACACAUUAGAACACACACAUAAACACAUAUUCAUGUAAUAUACAUAUACAUACAAACAAGCACAUACACACACAG